CGCAGGAUAUGGGCGGAGCUCGUCGGCGUCGUGGGGUGGAUGCAUCAGCGGGGGGUGGUCCAUAGGGAUCUGAAGCUAGAGAACAUCCUGCUCACCACGAACCCGCUCCUCCCGCCCGCGCCCGCGCCCGCGCCCGCGUCCGCGGUCGCGCCGCUCGUGAAGCUCACGGACUUUGGGCUCGCGCGCGCGAUCGACCCGCGCGAUCCGUGGCUGACGACGCGCUGCGGGUCCGAGUCGUACGCCGCGCCGGAGUUGUUGGCCGCGGGGACGUAUGGCGGCACGUACGACGGGCGGGAGACGGACGCGUGGGCGCUUGGCGUGGUGUUGUUUGCGCUC